GGCUAAUGCUAGAAAUUCAGAAGGUCUUGUGUCUUUGCAAUAAUUUUUGCGGAGCAAUUCAACAUUGCCAGCGCGCUAGUUUUCUGUUGCAUGCUGUUGCUUUCCAAGUGUCUUUUCGGGGGUUUCCAGUUUUCUGUUUUUGGACAGGUCACCAGUUGAAAGUGCAGGUCAUGAGUCAUGAGGCUUAAGGCUAGUGCCACCACAAAACAAAUCUUGCUGCGAUCCUUUCAAGAGAUUUCUUGCACUCGAAACCCUUAGCCACCGUCGUCCCAUAGUCUUUGGUGGCUAUCUUGCUCCUGCAUGGCGUCCACGACUCGAACAGUGACUGUGCCAGCAGCGGCAGCGGCAUCAGAUGGAGUGCGCGCAGCUGACGCAACUCCUGGGUCUUGGGCGCAUGUCUCCACACCUGCCAGCAGCCCAACCACAUCUGAGACUUCAAGCGACGGCUCAAGUGACCUGUCGUUUUGGUUCCAAAAGAUGGGGGCGCCCCGUCCGGAAAAGUGGGCGCGCAAGUUUCAUGAUGCUGGCUAUGGAGACGUGGAGGAAGUAGCAGCCUUGGCAGCUGCUGAUUUGGAUAAUGUGUUCACUGAGCUUGGCGUCCCAUCUGGCAUUCAGAACAAACUUCGGACUGGCAUUCCACAGUUCCGAGAUGGAACCCUUGCUUCCAUGCCGCAGGGUGAUUUGGAUGCAACAGCUCCUGUUCAGUCUGCAAGCUUCAAUUGGUGGUUUUGGGGCGGCAUCGCUGUGGAUGUGAAGGUGGGCGACAAGAUCUUGAGCUACAACAAAGGCAAGCUGCGUGUGAAGACCGUGGUUGAGGUGAAGGAAGGCCAGAGCAACACCAUGCGAGAGCUCUUCUUGCAAACUCCAGAUGGCAAGGACUGGGCAGUGAUCUCCCCAGAUGACGCUCACUUCGAUGCGUCCAAGCCAGUGAAGAAGCUCAGUGUAGGUGACACGCUGGUUUUUCGCAGCGGUGCUGGCGCCAAGCUUUUGAAGAUUGGAGAAGUGUUGCCACGCCAGAAGACUUACAACCUUGCCAUUGAUGGGCCAGGCACCUUUUUCGUAGAGGGCAUCUUGUCACACUCAGGGUUGCCGCCGCCGAAGAAGUGAAGGGCUGAGUCAGCCGAGCACAAGCUCAACUUCACAUGCUGCUGUGGUACAGCAGUGUGUGAAUGCCGGGACAGGCGUGAGCGGGCAGAGCAGUCUUUGGCUGCCGACCUGUGCAUCUCCUAGUUCUUGAAG